GGGCAUUCCAGCAGGAGCACACUGACUCACCGACUGAUACAGGAGCUGUCCCUUCUGCUGGUGCUGAAAUGCUGUCUGCAUGAGCUGAUACAAUGUUGCAAAUCAUUGUGAUCUCCCUGAAACACAACACUCGCUGCUACAAGCCUUCUCUAAAACCCUACGAUCUCUUUUUGGGAUAAAUUGAUUCUUUUGCUAGUGUUACCCCUAACAUUUGAUUCCAAUUAGUUUUUCACCCCCUUCCUUUUUUUUUUUUUUUUAAGUGCAGUAGAACAAAGUUAUCUUGCUGUUGAAGGGGAUGAGUUCAUUUGAAACAUUAGAGAAGAGCUGGAGGGGAGCUGGUUAUUGUCUAACCGGUGAGCGAUGGGUUGAAGUUCCCCCAUUAUCUGAUCAAUGAACUUGUCUCUGGGGGAAACCCCUGGACAAUGAAGAAGACUCUUGGAGGAGAUCGGAUUUUUCAGGUAGGACUGGUGAUUGUGCUGGUUCUUGGACACAGAUCAGAUCUGGUAAAGGAGGGGUAGGUGGUCUUUCCCUGCCUUGAUCAUUGUGAGACUGGGCACCAUCAGCAGACUGUUGGGGUUUCCUAUCAUCAUUACUAUUCAAGAGAUCUCAGAGGGGGAAGUCCACAAUCCUUCACCAGUUAAUUAAUUUUUCAUAUUUUGGGGAUUUUUUGACCCUGAAAGCCCACCAGCUGCUACAUUCUUUGUGGUAUCUCCAGCGACAGCAAUAUGAUCCUAUGCAACAUUAGCACCAUCAAAGAUUGGGGGUCUUUCCUGUCUCAGAUCCUGCCCAGAGUCAACAAGACUCUCCAUUUGGUCCACCAAGGGAUCAGCACCGUGGAGGUGACUACCAGUUCGGUGGUAAGUGUCCUACAAGAGCCAGAACAGACCACCUACCUCUCCCACACCGAGUCCAUGAAUACCACCAAUUUCACCACUACCACUGGUCUGGACCACCUCUUCCAUUAUUCUUACUCCGAAUCAGAAGAAGACCAGCUCUACAAGGACUACAAACCUCCCCCCAAGGAGCCUGUGCCCCUGCCCAAAGCUGUGCUCUACCUGUUGAUGGCUGCUCUGGUGAUGGUGGCUGUGGCUUAUGCAAUUGUUGGGCACAUUAUAAAGGACCUUAUCCAUGACUUUAUAGGUAAGUGUGUCUCCAAUAAGGUCCAUUUUUAUUACAUGAGUAUGUAUCUAAGUGUAUCUAUAUGUACUAGUAAUAAAUGGGGUGUGUGCACAGUUCCAGUAUUCUAUAUUGGAUUUAAAACUAUUGUGGGUUUUAUCCUUUAAUAGAUUUGCAGUUGUAUGUCAUUUUUUUAAAGGAUAUAGCUACCUGUAGGUAUUGGCAGCUGUACUGCAAUAACAAUUUACUGGCUACUAUUUCAUGUAUCAAUGAAAGUAUCUGUCCUCAGAGAUUGUAACCCUCUGUUUUUAUUGUACUCUUAUCUAGUGUCUAAUUUUGACACACAUGAAUAUGUGCUUUGCUUAUCUCCAUUCAUGCUAUAACUAAAUGCCAUUUUUAUAGUAAAACAGAAAUAGAGUAGACUGUUGUAAAGAACUAGAAAAUGAACUGAGAACAUGUAUCCUGCAUUUUAUUAAUCUGCUUUCUGCGCAGCUUUACAUAAAUGUAAAUGGUACUGGGCUGUAUUAAUAUACUGACUGUCACAGCAAGUAGCUUCAGAAAUAAUUCCACUGCUUGGUCAAUGCCAACUAAUGGUAAGGUGGGCAGUAACUAGUGGCACUGGUCAUUCUGCAAUCUACAAUGAGUAAGACUGACUGUGUUCCUCUGUGGAAUGAAGGUAGUGGGAGUGAAACACCAAGAAUACUGUUUGAAAAUACAGGAAAAAGUAAAAUAAGGGCUAAAUUAAUAAGUAAACUGAAAGACUGCUUGUCCUUUAAUCCAUUGAGCAUCAACAGAUGGACUAAAUGAUGACCAUAGCAUCCCACCUUACUGAAUAUGACCACUGCAUACCUUUCUGUAAUUCCAGAAAUGAUAGUUUGGGUCAGUCUGGCAGCUGAUUUCUCUACCUGUGUGCAGUUUAAUUUUCAAUUGUUCUUCUAUGCUCAUUUUGAGAUCACAAGGUUUAUUAAUAAUCCCCUCCCCCCACCCUCCCCCCAAUCUUGUUGAUAUUUGAGUAACCUGCCUUGUCUUCUUCUUGAGGUCUCUGGUCUUAGCAAGAUCCCAUUCUCUAUAGAAUAGGAAGCAUUUGGCCCUUUAUAGAUGAUUUCUUUUUGUUAAUAUGGUACCAAACUAAACUAUUUUAAUUUUUUUUCCAGUCGUUCUAUAAAGACUACAUGUUUGUAAACAGCAAUAAGUUGUCUUUAUAUGUAUUCCAGUCUUCUGAGUAAUACAUUUUUUGGAAACCAUAAAUUUCGAGGAUCUGGGCUGAGCACAACUGUAACGGCUCACCUGGCACCCCGACUGGGUACCUCCGUUGAUGGAUGCUCCUAGCGCUUCCUGAAGGCUCCAAGCACUCCAGCCAACACCAUAACCACCGUAGACUCCUCUAGAGAGCAAGGCAGGAACAAGCUCUUACAAGAGCUUAGCAGUGAAUAUAGCAAGGGAGUAUGCAGAGCAUAGCAAUCCCUUGUAGCAGAUUCCCCCAAUAAGAGACGGCACUCCAAAUUAAGGGUGAAGUAGAACUGACUGUACAGGCACAUACAGCCUCUUUUAUUCCCAAUCCACAAACUUAGUACUGCCCACAGGGUUUUACGGAACAACCAAUAACACACGUACAUUACAGAAAACACUCCCAGCUAUUAUACACAAAAUCCUCCCCUCUGCCUGUGAUAUAAUUAUGGUACACAAUGGGUUAACAUAAUUAUCACAAGCAGGAAAAAUACAGUUUUUAUAUAUGUGCUAUAACUUUAAAAAUAUACAUCCAAUCUUCAUAAAAAUUACAUAUUAUUAAUCAGCACAUUUCAAAUAUAAACAUACCCAAUCAUUCAAAUCCGUUCAGCCGUGCAGGAGAUAGAUAUAAGUCAAGUUUGACUGACCGCAAGCACAUUUUCAUGCCCAAAACAGUUCCAGAGAAUCAGGCUGUGCGGUCAGUCUAUUUCCCAUGUUAAAGUCAGUUCAAACAGACGAACGACAACCAUUCGAAUUGUCGAACUGUCGAAUGAACUGUCGAAUGCAUUGAAGUCUGGAGAAGGUAAAACUUAAGCUGAAUUAAAGAUGGCCGCCACCACGUGUUCGUUUGUCGAAUGGCGGCCACUUCGACUACUUUGGCUGCAUCCGAAGUGCCAAUUUAAAGCUGCAGAACUGCUCCAAUACAAUUUAAAGGGGCAGCAAGUCUUUUAAAAUCCAAUCUGCUAAAAUAGUCUUUAACAGGCAAUAUCUUCCAAGGGGCAUUGUUCCCAAAAGUCACAGUAUAUCUGCAGAUGGUUCUUAAAGGGCCAGCAGCAGCAUAAUAAAAUACAAUAUGCCCAAAUACUGUAUUAAAAGGGCCAUAUCUCCCAGGGGUAGGCAGGAGGCGGGCAAACAGGCUUCUCCAAUGCCCAGUGGCGAGGUUGGUUUCGCCACAACAACCAUUCCAAUUAAUCAUCCAGUGAUCAUUGCUCUAUUAUUAGCAAAUGUUGGCUUCAGCAAGGAACGGAAUUGUAUCCUAAAAUGAACUUUCCAGUUCCACCAUUGAGUUGAUGGAAAGUUAUAAAUCCAGAACUAAAAUAAUCUUAAGUACCAUUUUCUUGCCCAUUCCCGCAUAAGUCUUCCAUUAAUGGUCUGACACGAAUAUUGUUUAUGAUUGUUAUUUUUGACACAGACAUUUAUACUUAGAGGUUAUUCUGAGUGUAGGAUCAGAGUUAUUAGUAGAGAUCUAUUGAGAAAAAUUAACAUUGUAGUAUAUAUUAAAGGAACCCUCCCACAACAUAACAACUUCAUCUCUAUGAUGUUGUUGUGGUGGCAGGAGUGUCUGACCUUCAUAUUACCAGUGAUUCAAACGUUUUUGAAUGGUUUAAACCUGAAGCUGGUUCACCUUCAGAUCACCGUCCAUUCCAGGAAGGUUUGAAGAUAAGUUGUUAUGGCGGCUGGAUUCAAGCUGGCAUGUUUCUACCACUAUAGUGCUCUAGUCCCUAAUUAGAUUUUGCAAAAAAAGUUAUUAAAAAAAGAUUUAACUUACCUUUUCCUCCAGCGAAAAGACUCCCUCUGCGCGGCUGCCUGUUCCAUUUCCCGCAGUUUCAUUAUGGGGUGUCGAUUUCCUAUUAGCUGUAUUUUUUCACAUCCGUUUUACUUGCUUGUUGUACAGGAAGCGCCUCUAGGUGAGUAUUGUGGAAAAAUUGCUUUGACCACAGGAAAUGGAGCGGACUUAGCUCCUCCUCUUGGUCAAAGCUGGUCAAGCAUUGGAAAAAUACACAAGACAUUAUCGUCCUUACUUUGUCUUAUGUUUUAAAGAAAACUACAGCAGACAGGAAGAAAUGAAGAACAGAUCCUGAGAGAGGGAGAGAAGAGGAAGCGAUAAUAUAGAAUUUUAGAAAUACAGAUUUUUUGUAUUUAACUUUUUCUCAUUUGAAUCAAAUGAGUGGAAAAGGCCCCUAUAAGCGUAAUGGAAAACAUACACAAGAUAUUUAUAUCCAAACUGCACUAUCCUGCUGUAAAAAGCACCUUUUCCUUAUUUUCCAUGCUUCGUUUUGUAAAGUUGGGACACAGCGUGCAUGGACUUUCCGUCGUAACUUUCUGUGGUACAUAGCGUAGGGAGCAGACAGAAUUAGGAUGUUGCUUCGAGUUUUAAGCAAUAGAGUCAUGGAGCUCAACUAAUGCUUUAGUGAGCAAUCAAUGCCUUUUAUGUGAAAUUUACAAGAAAAUGCAUGGAAAGUGUCUCAGUCACAGAAAACCGACAGACUCUAAAUGUCAAUCUUUGCGUCUGCAAACUAAAUAAAGCAAAACUAAAAAAACAUUAUUUUAGUCAUAUUGUGGUCGACUAAAACUAAAACAAUUCAGAUGACUGAAAUACGACUACAACUAAAGACUAUGACUAAAACGUGAUUGAAAUUUCCUGUCAAAACAUUGCACACAGGGGCUGUGGAAGGAGCAAAAUAGACAGAGCAGGGUUUGGGAGAGAGACACCUAGAGGGCUGGGAGGACACAAAGAGACACAGAGAGGCUGGGGAAGGGGCAAAAGAGACAGAUAGCGGCUUUAACGAAACCCAUUAGAUUUUAGUCUGGAGAUUUAGUCGACUAAAACUGGACUAAAAGUAAAACAAUUGAGGUGACUAAAAUAAGACUAAAACUAAAAUGGCUUUUUAGUCAAAAGACUAUAAUUAAAACUGAAUUAAAAUUUGCUGCCAAAGUUAACACAUCAAGAAGUGCUGGAGGGGAGAAUAAAAAAAACAAAACUAAUUUUGAAUUGACUAGUAAUGGCCAUAUAUGUUCCACCAUAUCACAAAUGUAUUUUCUGUGCUAACCGCCUGCAACUCCUUUACUACAACAUUUUGUAUACAUGUUUUACUUUCCUUAAUUUCCAGAAACGAUUUUCAACCUGAUUGAAAUGAAUUUCUCUGCCAAGGGUUAGUUCUGCCUGACAGUGAUCAGCUCCUAUCACUCUCAGCCAAUGUGCUACGCCCUGCACUAGUAUUAGUAGUAGAAGCAAGGAGCAAUGGUCAGCAGACCCCAGGUAAGAAAUCAAACUAUUUCAAAAUAGUUAGACUUUUUAAAAUGCGGGGCACCAGGAUACUCCUGGCACCAUAACCACUACAUUUAGCUGUUGUGGUUAUGGUGUUUGCUGUGUUUCUUUACCGUGCUGAAAUUGUAAUGUUCCUAUAUUUUUAUUUUUUUCAAAUAAAAAAACAAAACAAAAACAUUUUACAUUUAUUUAUUUAAUGACUAUUUCUGGCAAAUAAAAAUGUAUCUCUGUACAGCAAUCUCUACACACAUUUUGUUGUUUUGUCCUACAUUCAUAUGCCAUCACUGCGUUCCAAUUAAAUGUUGCUCAAUUUAAAACAGAGAGUGCAUGGCAGUGUAGAGGUUAAAUAUAUUAAACUGACGGACAGUUGGUCAUACCGAACCCCACGCGUUCCUCACUCAGGAAAAUAGACUUGUGAUGACUGAAUGUGAAACAGCAGGCUUCUGAUCUGAAAAUAGGAAUUAUUUAUGUUUUUGCUAUUAGUAACGUAAGAGUAAAGAAAUAAGGAGCAGAAGUGUAAAUGAAAUUCAAUAACUGAAGGCAUUUUGUCUUUUUUUUCGUUCGUGUUAAAUUGCCCAUUUAUGUUGUUUUGCUUUUGUUUGAUAAAAUCCCUUUCAGGUUUUCUCCCUGUACGCUAGAACUAUGAAAAGAACGCAUUAUCUUGUACCUCAUCAGCAAACAAGAGAAUCUGCUAUGUGCGUUUCGUUGGGGUUUAUUUGCUAAGCAGCAUUUGUGCUGUGUAUGGAUAUUAGGAUGUUAAAAAAUGUUAUCAGAAUAUAUUUAAUUUAGCAAUGAAAACCCCAAAUCUUUUUUAUUUUUUUUUACUGAUUGCUAGAUAACACAGUAAGGUAUAUAAGUUCAACAACAACAACAACAACCCUGAAAUGUAUCAAAUGUUUGAAGAUUGAAAUUGCUGAACUGGAGACAUUAUUCAGCUACAAUGGUUUCCAAAUGAAGUCUAAAAUGUCCAUGUAUUAAAAAAAAAAUGAAAGCCAAUGGUAUCCUAAAAUCGUGCAGCUAAAAAUCACCUAAGUGCUAUUCCAAUAUAACACUUAUACAUAAAUAGAGUCUUGGAGAGAAAUAAGGUGAUAGUGCACAAAAUGAUAGGUGUACUUCACUUCGGCAUCGAUAUACAGGAUAAAACCUAUUAAUAUGAACAUAAAACCAACAUAGCGUAGACUGUAUAAAAUGUGAUAUCAGUAAAAUCAAAUAUGGAGAACACUCACACAUUUUAGAGCCCUUAAGGUCGGCUCUGAACUCAGUAGGUGUUAUGUAUCCACUCAGCGUGUUGUUUAGUCGAUGGGCCCCGUUGGUAAGAUGAAAGUCAGGAACUGUGUUUGUUAAUUCUUCAAAAUCCAUUUUUGACAUUUUAUUUUGCAUAUUUUCUCAAAUACGUGGGAUAGCAAACAUAGGAUAAAAAGUCCUUGGGGUGACAGUCCAGUUUAACAGGAUAGCUAUCCUGGAACACACUGUUAGCCUGAUUAUUCCCUAUCACUUACCACAAUAACUAAUCUACAAAGAAUAUAUGGAAAGCAAUUUUUACCAGGCUACAGCCAGCAAAUCAAACAGUUAAGGAUGACUACAGUCUGUAGAAUUCUCAGGGAGAUUACACAGCAGGGAGGGCAAUUAACCACCAACAAAAAACUGAGUAUCAUUUAAAGCAGGGAUCUCCAAAUUGGAGAGCCGGAGUUUGGACAUCCCUGAUUUAAAGGAACACUCCAAAAAUCUAGAGAACUUUAGCUUUCUGAAGUGCUUUAUGUGUGAAGAGUGUGUGCUCUGUAUUUCAUUUUACAAAAAGUGCAGAUUUCCAUAGAAAUUUGUACUUUUAUAAAUAACCUUGUUACACCCCCUUGGUUGUCAAUCAGACAACUGGUCCUGUUUCUUUCUGGUUUGGUUAGCUCAGUUGAGAUAGACUCAAGAGGUAGCAAUUGCUCAGAGCUCCUGCCUUGCAAAGACUUCUCAUUGAGUUGCAUUGGGAAGCAGAUGAUUGGACAGACACAGAAAGUCUGGGCGGGGUUAAAAGGGAUACUUUGUACUUUGUAGAUAAAAAAAGAACCCUAAAUAAAACCAAAAGUGUGCUAUUUGAGUGCUUACUGAGUCAUAAUCACGGGUUGUUGCUUUUGAAUGGUGUGCAGUUCUGCAUUUUUUAGUCAUUACCAUUUUCUUUCUUUAUUAUUUAGACUGAAAUGAAAGGAGAUCCAUUCUAAAAAUUCACGUUUUUAUUUCAUUCAUAAAAAGAAUUCUUAUUCAGUCUUUUAAGAUUUAGUAUUACAUUCGAAACAGCUGCUUCCUACCUUUUGAGAAUCUGUUCUGAAAGUAAAUACGAUUCUGCUGUGAGAUUUCUACUCCUGUAAUCCUUAUCCUAUGGCUAAGAUAAAAGACACUCCAGGCUCCCACACACGUUAGGUGCACUAUGUAGGUUAGGUUACAGUUAGUUAUACUGGGUGGGUUUAUAUUAUUAAAGGGACACUCCAGGCUCCCACACACGUUAGGUGCACUGUGUAGGUUAGGUUACAGUUAGUUAUACUGGGUGGGUUUAUAUUAUUAAAGGGACACUCCAGGCUCCCACACACGUUAGGUGCACUGUGUAGGUUAGGUUACAGUUAGUUAUACUGGGUGGGUUUAUAUUAUUAAAGGGACACUCCAGGCUCCCACACACGUUAGAUGCACUGUGUAGGUUAGGUUACAGUUAGUUAUACUGGGUGGGUUUAUAUUAUUAAAGGGACACUCCAGGCUCACACACUGUGUUAGGUUACAGUUAGUUAUACACCGUGUAGGUUAGGUUACAGUUAGUUAUACCGGGUGGGUUUAUAUUAUUAAAGGGACACUCCAGGCUCCCACACACGUUAGAUGCACUGUGUAGGUUAGGGUUACAGUUAGUUAUACUGGGUGGGUUUAUAUUAUUAAAGGGACACUCCAGGCUCCCAUACACGUUAGAUGCACUGUGUAGGUUAGGUUACAGUUAGUUAUACUGGGUGGGUUUAUAUUAUUAAAGGGACACUCCAGCUCCCACACACGUUAGAUGCACUGUGUAGGUUAGGUUACAGUUAGUUAUACUGGGUGGGUUUAUAAUAUUAAAGGGACACUCCAGGCUCUGACACACGUUAGGUGCACUGUGUAGGUUAGGUUACAGUUAGUUAUACUUGGUGGGUUUAUAUUAUUAAAGGGACACUCCAGGCUCCCACACACGUUUGCACUGUGUAGGUUAGGUUACAGUUAUACUGGGUGGGUUUAUAUUAUUAAAGGGACACUCCAGGCUCCCACACGUUUGCACUGUGGUUUACAGUUAGUUAUACUGGGUGGGUUUAUAUUAUUAAAGGGACACUCCAGGCUCCCACACACGUUAGAUGCACUGUGUAGGUUAGGUUACAGUUAGUUAUACUGGGUGGGUUUAUAUUAUUAAAGGGACACUCCAGGCUCCCACACACGUUAGAUGCACUGUGUAGGUUAGGUUACAGUUAGUUAUACUGGGUGGGUUUAUAUUAUUAAAGGGACACUCCAGGCUCCCACACACGUUAGAUGCACUGUGUAGGUUAGGUUACAGUUAGUUAUACUGGGUGGGUUUAUAUUACUAAAGGGACACUCCAGGCUCCCACACACGUUAGAUGCACUGUGUAGGUUAGGUUACAGUUAGUUAUACUGGGUGGGUUUAUAUUAUUAAAGGGACACUCCAGGCUCCCACACACGUUAGAUGCACUGUGUAGGUUAGGUUACAGUUAGUUAUACUGGGUGGGUUUAUAUUAUUAAAGGGACACUCCAGGCUCCCACACACGUUAGAUGCACUGUGUAGGUUAGGUUACAGUUAGUUAUACUGGGUGGGUUUAUAUUAUUAAAGGGACACUCCAGGCUCCCACACACGUUAGAUGCACUGUGUACGUUAGGUUACAGUUAGUUAUACUGGGUGAGUUUCUAUUAUUAAAGGGACUCUCCAGGCUCCCACACACGUUAGGUGCACUGUGUAGGUUAGGUUACGGUUAUACUGGGUGGGUUAAUAUUGUUAAAGGGACCCUCCAGGCUCCCACACACGUUAGGUGCACUGUGAAGGUUAGGUUACAGUUAGUUAUACUCGGUGGGUUUAUAUUAUUAAAGGGACACUUCAGGCUCCCACACAAGUUACGUGUGCUGUGUAGGUUAGGCUACAGUUAGUUAUACUGGGUGGGUUUAUAUUAUUAAAGGGACACUCCAGGCUCACACACACGUUAGGUGCACUGUGUAGGUUAGGUUACAGUUAGUUAUACUGGGUGUAUUUAUAUUACUAAAGGAACACUCCAGGCUCCCACACAUGUUAGGUGCACUGUGUAGGUUAGGUUACACUUAUACUGGGUGGGUUUAUAUUAUUAGAGAACAUUCCAGGCUCCCACACACUUUAGGUGCACUGUGUAGGUUAGGUUACAGUUAGUUAUACUGAGUUAGUUUAUAUUACCAAAGGGACACUCCAGGCUCUCACACACGUUAGAUGCACUGUUUAGGUUAGGUUACAGUUAGUAAUACUUGGUGGGUUUAUAUUAUUAAAGGGAUACUCCAAGCUCCCACACACGUUAGGUGCACUGUGUAGGUUAGGUUACAGUUAGUUAUACUGGGUGGGUUUAUAUUAUUAAAGGGACACUCCAGGCUCCCACACACGUUAGGUGCACUGUGUAGGUUAGGUUACAGUUAGUUAUACUGGGUGGGUUUAUAUUAUUAAAGGGACACUCCAGGCUCCCACACACGUUAGAUGCACUGUGUAGGUUAGGUUACAGUUAGUUAUACUGGGUGGGUUUAUAUUAAUAAAGGGACACUCCAGGCUCCCACACACGUUAGAUGCACUGUGUAGGUUAGGUUACAGUUAGUUAUACUGGGUGGGUUUAUAUUAUUAAAGGGACACUCCAGGCUCCCACACACGUUAGAUGCACUGUGUAGGUUAGGUUACAGUUAGUUAUACUGGGUGGGUUUAUAUUAUUAAAGGGACACUCCAGGCUCCCACACACGUUAGAUGCACUGUGUAGGUUAGGUUACAGUUAGUUAUACUGGGUGGGUUUAUAUUAUUAAAGGGACACUCCAGGCUCCCACACAUGUUAGGUGCACUGUGUAGGUUAGGUUACAGUUAGUUAUACUGGGUGGGUUUAUAUUAUUAAAGGGACACUCCAGGCUCCCACACACGUUAGAUGCACUGUGUAGGUUAGGUUACAGUUAGUUAUACUGGGUGGGUUUAUAUUAUUAAAGGGACACUCCAGGCUCCCACACACAUUAGAUGCACUGUGUAGGUUAGGUUACAGUUAGUUAUACUGGGUGGAUUUAUAUUAUUAAAGGGACACUCCAGGCUCCCACACACGUUAGAUGCACUGUGUAGGUUAGGUUACAGUUAGUUAUACUGGGUGGAUUUAUAUUAUUAAAGGGACACUCCAGGCUCCCACACACGUUAGGUGCACUGUGUAGGUUAGGUUACAGUUAGUUAUACUGGGUGGGUUUAUAUUAUUAAAGGGACACUCCAGGCUCCCACACACAUUAGAUGCACUGUGUAGGUUAGGUUACAGUUAGUUAUACUGGGUGGGUUUAUAUUAUUAAAGGGACACUCCAGGCUCCCACAUACGUUAGGUGCACUGUGUAGGUUAGGUUAUUAUUUAUGUUAUUUCUAAAAUAUUUUAUCAGGAAGGAUACAUUGAGAUUUCUCUCAUUUUCAAGUAUGUCCUUGGUCCACAAAACAUAUUCUAGGUAUAAUUUUCCAGUGAUUCACUGUGCACGAAAAGUGAGGUUUCUGAGUGCAGGCAGGAAAUCAUUUCAAAUUUGCAAUGGUGCCAGGCUCUGCCAGAACUGUCUCACAUUGCAUAGAAAUCCAAAUUAAAGCACAAAUAGUGUGUCUUUCUUCAUAGAUAGAUAGAUAGACGCAUGAACAAACAGACAGAAAGAAGAGAUGUACAGGUGAAUAGACAGUUAAUGUUUUCUGACGUUUAUUUCUCUUUACACUUUGUAUCCUAGAUUGGAUAUGAAUGUUUUACAAUCUCAGAGGCUCACAGGUAUAUAUUUUUUUAGGUUUCUGUAAACUGUUAGCAUUUCACAGAGACUGAUGACUCAUUCCCGUUUCACCGUUUACCGAGACAUUAAAGAACACAAAAUGCUGGAUGUUUUAAUGGGCCUCUGUGUUCAGAUGAGUCUCUUCACUGGAGAUUUCAGUACUGAGUGCUUAAGUCCUCUUUUCUGAAAAAAGUUAAAUUCGCACUUGGUUCAUCAUAUGGUGUUCCUAUAGUAACACUUGAUUCUCCAUACUUUAAUGUAGUAUUACAGAAGAUAUUGAGAGGGACAUGAAACAGGUCUUAACAGGGCUUUCAGAAAAACAUUUUACUUAAAGGAAUAUUAGACCAUUCAUCUUCUGUAACAAACUUCUGGAGAGUCCAGACAGUAAGGUGUUCAGCUGGCAACCUAGAUGUUUGAAAGUAAAUUUAGUUCAUCAAUAUCCAUGGAGCCUUUCAGUGCCAAAUUUAGUAUCACUGACGUAUUUUAAAAUUCUCCAAAGUAACAGUAAGAUCGUCACCCAUUCUAUUGUAACAUACUGUCAAGCAGCCGGUGCAGUGUGGUGCGAUCCCGUGCCUGUGAUCGGUGCAACUGCGUGUCUGUGUUAGUUGGAUCAUAUCUGUCCGUGACAAAUACAGAAUAAAAAAGGCAAAAGUGCUUUUAUGAAGUUUGAGAAUUUCACAACUUGUGAUUCUAUUUUGCACUUCCAGCAAAUGUAAAUAUGUUCAAAUAUGCUCUUCCAUUGUUCGGUUCAUUUGUGAUACAUCCCUAUGGUGCUUCAGAGUUACUGAAUUUGUACAAUCUCCAAUUGCCCAAAAUUAGGAUGAAUCCCAGUUUAUUUGAAACUGAAUGUAAGUCUAGUUUACAGUAAACGUUAAUUUAUUUCAUUAUAACAUCUGUAUGUUGAAUUGAUUUUGGUGCAGUGAGUCACACAUAGUUUCAAGCAUUCAAAAGGGAGUCUGAGCAUGUAUUGUAAAUAGGUCACAUCGAGCACUGAGUGUCUAUUUAAUCAAAAUCAGAUACAUUUGUUUUAAAAAGGUAGACCAAAACAGUUUAUGGGACGAGAUUUGCUACCCUCCCAUCCAUUAAGGUGAACGUUGUCUUAAAAGGGAAACAGUCACUUCUUUAGAAUUUACACCAUAGAAUAAGACAUUGACACUCACAUAAAACAUACAUUUAAGGGACACUAUAAUCAGCAGAACAACUUUAGCUAAAUUAAGCAGUUUGGUGUAUAAAUCACGCUCCUGUAGUCUCACUGCCCAAUUCUCUGCCAUUUAGGCGUUACAUCACUUUGGUUAUUCAGCCCUAGUCACACCUCCCUGCAUGUGACUUACACAACCUUCCAAAACACUUCCUGUAAAGAGUCAUGCAAUGUUUACACUUCCUUUAUUACAUUCUGUUUCAUUUAGAAUGUCUUAUCUCCUGCUCUGUUAAUAUGUUGCUACACCCUGCAGGAGCCUCCUAUGAGUGAUUAAAGUUCAAUUUACAGAGCAGGAGAUAAAAACUUUUAAAGUCCCAUUAACCUUUCUUAUGUGAUGCUUUAUUUUCUUUUUAAAUUUAUGUAAAAGAUUUAGCAAAUUUCAUCUUAAUCCAGUUCGCACAAGGCACAGCCAGGGCACACAAUGCAGAUUGGAGGAGAUAUAGAAACAAUGUUUCAUUUCUCCUCCUCUCUGUAUGCUCUUUCUGUGCUGACUGCCAGGUGAAAUCGACAGAUCUUAUAACAAUGAUUGACAGGGAGCUAAGUUGGAGGCACCAGUCACAGGAUAAAGAGGUGUUGAUUUCAACAUUUAAUUUUAGUUUUCACAUCUCACAAAUACAUACUUGCUUAAUAUAGGGAUACGUAACAAUAUUAAAAAUGAUUGGAAAUGGCACAUCCUCCUUUAAUGCUACGAGUAGUUAUUAUUCACAGAUUAUUAUAUAUCGCAUAAAUAAAAAAUGAAGAGCAACAGUUAAAUGAACAACUGUACUAACAACAUCAAAGUAGUAAUAUGUCACUAAUUUAAAAAAACAAAUCACCAUCAGAAAAUACAGAGUUUAUAAACAUCAUAGCACUGUAUAGAAUUAGAGAAAGAACUGAUGGUGAUAACUAGAUGGGAAGCAGGAGAAAUGGAUUAAAUGGCUGAUUUUCAUGGCAAUUUACAAUAAAUAGGUUAGGCUUUAUAAUAAUGACUUUGUCCUUCAGGAACUUAAUAAAGGGAUGGAGGCUGCACCAGUUCUGGAGGUCACGCGUUCUUUUGUUGCAAUAAACAUUCAGCUGGUUUCAUUCGAUUCUAAGCUACGUACAAUAAUAGAAGCAUCUAAAAGAAUCAUAAUGGGUGGUUCUACAGGUAAUGGACACAGCCAAUAGUGAAAAAUACAAAUAAAUAAAUCACAUUCAUUCAUAUAAAGCACUUUAAUGUAUUAUUUAUUUUUUCUAUUUUUUUUUAGCACUUUUAAGUUGCAAGGUAACAUUACGAAAAAUCCAAUAUUAUCUGUUUUAAAUCCUUCUCUCCAGUUUAUGCCAUUGAAUAACACAUUUAAUAUCACCUAGAACAUUUUUUGUUUUAUAAAACUUUUUUCUCUGAAAUUUUUACGACACAAUUUUGUUCAGUCCAAGCACAACAGGACACACAUCGCUAAUGAGGAGGAAACAUAGAAACAAUAUGCACGAAAGUGUUUGUUCUUGAAAAGUGGUUGAAAAAGCAGAUGGAGAAACGAUGGAGUCACUAGUGGAAUAUACCUAAUGGUUCCAUUGGUUUUCAUGGCGACUGCCUCACUUUUAGUGGAUUAGGUCAUUUUUCAGAACACAAAGCUUUUUAUAAGAAAACUAGGGAUGUGCAUGGGCAAAAUAUUUGGUUUGGUUCAGUUCGGAAAUUCGGGGUAAGUAAUUUAUCUGCUUUGGCAAUUCGGACCAACGGCAUUCGGAACGGAACUUCAGCAAUUCGGAACUUCGGCAAUUCAGAACUUCAAACUUCGGACAUUCUGAAGCAUCUGAAUGACUGAAUUGCAUGAAAUUCGUAACUAAACAAAUUGCACAUGUCUAACGAAUACCUAAUUGUUUAAUUUCUCCUCUUCUCUGUAUGUUCUCUCUGUGCUUAUUGCAAGGAGCAAUUGACAGAGCAUAUAACAAUGACUGACAGGGAGCUACGAUAGAGGUACACAGUUGCAGGAUAAAGAGGUUUGAUUUAUACAUUUAAUUAAAAUUUUCACAUCUCAGAAAUAUGUAUUUGUUGAAUAUAGGGAUGAGCAAACAACAUUCAAAAUCACGAACAUCUGUUGAACAUCGGCUGUUUUUUAAAAUCUUUAUUAAAAGGCGAACUCAACACAUAGUAAGAACAAAUGAUGAUACAGCUUCCAAUAUUUUUGUUUUACAAAACCACAGAAGAAGCAAUUAACCAAUUUGAAAAUGAAAAAAAGGGAAAAGAAAAUAAGGGAAUAGAAUUAAGAGGACUUGUAGUUUAAACAGAAUAUUGUCCAAUUCCAGGUCUAAACAUUGAAAACGGUGAUCCUGUGUUGUGAACAGGAAUCUUUACGAAACUCUGUCAGGGUUAUUCAGUAUUCAUUAAGGAGUGAAUUAUUAGGAAUUCAAAUUAAAAAUGGGGAAUUGAAAAUUUCAGACAUGACUAACUAAGAUAGAAACAUAGCUUGGAAACAAAUUUCCAGACUAGAUUGGCUACAAAUUUGCCAUUCCAUGAUAAACUCCUGACUGUUGACUGUUUAGUAAGAAUACGGUUUAUUUUCUAUAGAUUGGGACAUCGAGUUUGGUUCAUGGUUAGACCUGAUACAAUGGAAAGUACAUCAUGUCGUUGUACUCAGAGUGCAUCAUAAUUCUCUUACUUUAUCACCCACGGACCAUGCCCAACUAUCAAUCAACACCACUAGUUGCAGGAUCAGCAGAAAAUCCAAUUACUCCAUAAGUCUGGGAAAUGGGCAGUUUGUCAUACAUCUUAUAGGUUGUUCGCUACAAAAAUCAAUAGGAAUCAACAAGCUUUAAGCUGUCAGAUGUUAAAGAUGGAAGACAAAUGCUUAGUUCCUAGUUACAGGAAGCGAGACCUUGUGGAGGUAGUAUAAAUGAGACCAGGUUCAUACAGGACCAACGAGGGGAGCGUGUCACAUCACUGGCGAUGUGAAUUUAGAUAAAGUGUGCUUAUCAUCCUGUGCAUAUGGGCGUCAGUAUGAAAGGAUUCUCAGUAAUGGCUAAUCAGACUUGCCAAUUUUUUAGUAUUUCAAAGCGAUGGUAUAUACCGCAAAUGGCCGGGAGUUACCAAGUGCACCUGUGACAGUUCAUUAACCCUCAGUAGUAAAAGACCAGUAUGGUGGGACAUUUCCAUCAUGUGUCCUUAAGUGGCUAAACACGCACUUGCAUUGCACUGCUACCCAGGAUAGAUGAAAUUGAUAUUUAGCAUAAAAUUAUUAAUUCCACAUUAUCCUUAUCUGCAAUAAUACACUAAGCUGUAAUAAUACACUGAGCGUCAAAAAUACAAUAAACUGUAAUAAAACAAUGAGCUGUAAUAAUACAAUAAACUGUAAUAAUACACUCAGCAUCAAUAAUACAAUGAGCUGUAAUAAAACAAUGAGCUGUAAUAAUACAAUAAACUGUAAUAAUACAAUGCGGUGUAAUAAAACAGUGAGCUGUAAUAAUACAAUAAACUGUAAUAAUACAAAAAGCUGUAAUAAUACAAUGAGCUGUAAUAAAACAAUGCGGUGUAAUAAAACAGUGAGCUGUAAUAAUACAAUAGUCUCUAAUAAUACAAUAAACUGUAAUAAUACACUGAGCGUCAAUAAUACAAUAAGCUGUAAUAAUGCAAUGAGCUGUAAUAAUACAAUGAACUGUAAUAAUACAAUAAGCUGUAAUACUGCUAUGAACUGUAAUAAGGAGUUUAAGCAUCCAUGAGAUAGACAUAAGGCUAUUCUAGAUAUAAGAUAAGGCCAGUUACUAAUGAAAGUAUUUAGUAAAUUGGGCAGACUAGAUGGGCCGAAUGGUUCUUAUCUGCCGUCACAUUCUAUGUUUCUAUGUUUCUAAUACAAUAAACUGUAAUAAUACACUGAGCUGCAAUAAUACAAUGAGCUGGAGUAAUACAAUGAGCUAUAAUAAUACAAUAAGCUGGAGUAAUACAAUGAGCUGUAAUAAUACAAUAAGCUGGAGUAAUACAAUGAGUUGCAAUAUUUCAACGAACUGGAAUAAUACAAUGAGCUUCAGUAAUACAAUACAGGAAUACCCAGAAAAUUUGCGCUUUUGAAUCUGCGGCUUCACGAAUUUGCGUAUUUUUUUCCUCAGGUCCAGCAGAUGAAAUCUGUAGAUUUUUUUUUGUGACCAGUAAAUUGUAGAUAUAAUUUUUAGUGUUAAUUUCUAAUUCUAAUAUAAAGCAUAACGACUACCGCUGACGCAACUGUAUCAAAAUCAGAACAUGCGCUCACAAGAGUUCAGUGUCUCAGAGAAGACGUGGGCGGGCAUAAGGUGGCGGACAGUAGAGGUACAUGUAUGUACAGUAUGAAGUGUUUUGAGGACAUAUUUAGUGUUUAACAUGUGAAGAUAGGUAUUUAUAGGCCUUUGUUAGUUGUUCGUCUAAAAUUUGCAUAUUUACAAAAUUUGCAGGGGGUCUAGGAACAUAACUCCCACGAAUUUCGGGGUAUUACUGUAAUCUAUAAUGAUACAAUAAAGUGUAAUAAUACACUUAGCUGUAAAAUUACAAUGAGCUGUAAUAAUACAAUAAGCUGCAAUAAUACACUGAGCUGUAAUAAUGCAAUAGGGUGUAAUAAUACACUGAGCUGUAAUAAUAUAAUAAGCUGCAAUAAUACACUGAGCUGUAAUAAUACAAUAACCUGCAAUAAUACACUGAGCUGUAAUAAUGCAAUAAGCUGCAAUAAUACACUGAGCUGUAAUAAUACACUUAGCUGUAAAAUUACAAUGAGCUGUAAUAAUACAACAAGCUGCAAUAAUACACUGAGCUGUAAUAAUGCACUAGGGUGUAAUAAUACACUGAGCUGUAAUAAUACAAUGAGCUGUAAUAAUACACUGAGCUGUAAUAAUACAAUAAGCUGUAAUAAUACAAUGAGCUGUAAUAAUGCACUGAGCUGUAAUAAUACAAUAAGCUGUAAUAAUACAAUGAGCUGUAAUAAUGCACUGAGCUGUAAUAAUGCAUUUGGGUGUAAUAAUACACUGAGCUGUAAUAAUACAAUAAGCUGCAAUAAUACACUGAGCUGUAAUAAUACAAUGAGCUGUAAUAAUGCACUGAGCUGUAAUAAUGCAAUAGGCUGUAAUAAUACAAUUGUUUGUGAUAAUACACUGACCUUUGUUGGUUAUUUUCCUUAGUCUGACACUUUAUUUAACACAUUUUAGCUGUUUCAAUUUACAUGGAUAGAACGAUGAAUACACAGAGAUUUGUUUACAAAAACAUAGCAAGAUAAUUCAACAUUUUAGAAAUAAAUGGCAGAGAUGGAAAAAAAAAUCUGAGCAGGAAAUUCAUUUUCAUGCUCAACUAUUUUAGCCUAAAAAUGUACAAAUUUCCUUUAUCUAUUCUCCACAAAUCCCGUUUUAGUGAAUUAACCCCAUUAUGUCUCAUAAUCCAUGAACUAGUUUCAGUUCUGGUAUUUUCACUGUUUAAUUUACACCUUUCAGUUGGUGAUCUGCGAACUAUUAAAAGCAAUCUCAGAGGGCUAUUCACUUUCAGACGAUGCAAUGUGAUUCCUUUUUUUUCUGAAAUUUAUACGGUUUCUUUUUCUACAAGAAAGAUUUAACUCUGAAAUGAUAUUAUUUAAACAGUUUACUCCAUAUAGUGAUGUUAUGAAAACAUGUGUCAGCAUCAUUUUACUUUAAUCUCUAAGGUUAUAUUCUCAUACCUCCCAACUCCUCCUGAUUUCAGAGUCCUUUCCCUCUGUCCCGGGUUUGCUACCUGUUGUCCAACGUUCGGGGACACCAGGGAACUGACCUCAAAAACCGUAACCUUUUGUCAGCGGGCCGGCCAUUGUGAUUGACUGAUAGCUUGACAGGCGGGCCUGCCAGUUCUUUAAGUGGCCUGCCCAAAAUGGGGGCAUUCAUUCACUUAGUAUUCACUUAGCAUUCUCUUUGCAUUCAUUCACUCUGCUAAGAAAAUACAGUGCCUAAUCUUUAAAGGGGUACUGUCACUUCCCUGGAAUGUACACCACAUUAAAUAAAACAUUGAAAAUCAUCUAUGGUUUGUGUUAACCGCAUAAAACACAAAAUUUUCUGUUAAAUUUACAAAAAACCCUUACUCUUCUUAGAACAUUCUGCGCUUGUAUAACACGUGUCUAGUAUGUGAUGAAAGUAAAUAAAGUUACUGGUUGCCGAUGGGUUAAUGCGUGUUUACCAUUUCUCAACGCUCAGCGUCCUGCAUUCCAAUCACCUGUCUGUCAUUUGCUUUGGCAGAUAACGGAUAUUCACCUGCUCCUACACACUGAAUGGGAAUUUCUGAUUAGUGCUGCCUUUCAAUAUUUUAUCACAGAUGGACAGCCUGUAAGAAACAGUCAGAUGUCUUUAUAUUGCAUCCGAGCAAACUCUGAGCGUUCAGGAAAUCAAAACACUGAACCAUCACUGGUCAUCUCAAUCCGUCUCCGGCAUUUCCUGCUAUAACUCUUAUUAGGCUUUAUUGCAAAAUUCAAGAACAAUUUAAAACCCAAACACAGCAUUUAUGUAUUUUACAUCAUUUGGCUCAAAUACUUAGAUGCAUUUUUAUUACAUGCCCAAUUUUGUACGGACUGAUUCAUAAUUUGCAAAACUCCCCCCGUCCGUCCCUUUAUCCCGUCCUUCUGUUCCCAUGGAUAAAGUUGUACAUUUCACCGGAAAGCCUUUAAUAGAAUUAAGAAGUAAAAAGUUGAUAUCUGUACUGCAAGCACCCUGAAUUUCUUCCUUUAAACAGAGCUGAAGGUGUACUCAGAGAGUUUUGAAAUGGUUAGAUCAGCCACUCCCUCCCCUAAAAUUUAAACUUCACACUGCUGGGUUAAAUAUUUCCAAAAUGUUAGACCCCCAUAAACCAGAAUGUGAGACUCCUUUAACUCCUAGAAUGAUCAAAGGUCAAGAGUGGUGAGGAUAAUAUGAGCUAAUUCGAUUUUUAUUUUUUUAAUUUAGAAUCGAUAAUUUCUCAUCUGAAUUGUCUGUUUAGGAGGAUUGUAAAAUUCAAAUAAAUAAAAAAAUCUCAAACUCAGAUAUUUGUUCCAUCUGACUUAUUUGAACCAGAUUGCUAUGACUGUAAGCAUACCGAAAAAAAGGUAAUCCUGUUAUAAGAAGAGAAAAUCACAUAGUGAGCUGCUGUGUCCCCCCCAGUGUGAGCUGCUGUGUUUCCCCCAGUGUGAGCUGCUGUGUUUCCCCCAGUGUGAGCUGCUGUGUUCCCCCCCAGUGUGAGCUGCUGUGUUCCCCCUGGUGUGAGCUGCUGUGUUCCCCCCCAGUGUGAGCUGCUGUGUUUCCCCCAGUGUGAGCUGCUGUGUUUCCCCCAGUGUGAGCUGCUGUGUUCCCCCCAGUGUGAGCUGCUGUGUUUCCCCCAGUGUGAGCUGCUGUGUUCCCCCCCAGUGUGAGCUGCUGUGUUACCCCGCGGUGUGAGAUACUGUGUUACCCCUAGUUUGAGCUGCUAUUUCCCCCCCAGAGUGAGCUGCUGUGUUCCCCCCAGUGUGAGAUGCUGUGUUUCCGUGUGAGCUGCUGUGUCCCCCCCAGUGUGAGCUGCUGUGUUCCCCCCGUGUGAGAUACUGUGUUCCCCCCAGUGUGAGCUGCUGUGAUCCCUCUAGUGUGAGCGGCUGUGUUCGCCAAAGUGUGAGCUGCUGUGUUCCCCCCAGGGUGAGCUGUGGUGUUCCCUCCCGUGUGAGCUGCUGUGUUCCCCCCCAGUGUGAGCUGCUGUGCCCUACUGUGUGAGAUACUGUGUUCCCCCCAGUGUGAGCUGCUGUGUUCCCCCCAGUGUGAGCUGCUGUGUUCCCCCCGGUGUGAGCUGCUGUGUUCCCCCUCAGUGUGAGCUGCUGUGUUCCCCACGGUGCGAGCUGCUUUGUUCUCCCCAGUGUGAGCUGCUGUGUUCCCCUCAGUGUGAGCGGCUGUGUUUCGCCAGUGUGAGCUUCUGUGUUCCUCUCAGUGUGAGCUGCUGUCCCCCCCCAGUGUGGUCUGCUGUGUUUCCCCCAGUGUGAGCUGUUAUGUUCCCCCAGUGUGAGCUGCUGUGUUCCCCCAGUGUGAGCUGCUAUGGUCCCUGCAGUGUGAGCUGCUGUGCCCUACUGUGUGAGAUAUGCUACCCCUAAAUGUGAGCUGCUGUGUUCCCCCUCAAUGUGAGCUGCUGUGUUCCCUCCAGUGUGAGCUGCAGUGUUCCCCCUCAGUGUGAGCUGCUGUGUUCUCUUCAGUGUGAGCUGCUGUGUUCCCCCAGUGUGAGCUGCUGUGUUCCCUCCAGUGUGAGCUGCUGUAUCCCCUCCAGUGUGAGCUGCUGUGUUCUUCCCAGUGUGAGCUGCUGUAUUCCCCCCAGUUUGAGCUGCUGUGUUCCCCCCAGUGUGAGCUGCUGUGUUCCCCCAGUGUGAGCUGCUGUAUCCCCUCCAGUGUGAGCUGCUAUGUUCCCCCCAGUGUGAGCUGCUGUGUUCCUCCCAGUUUGAGCUGCUGUGUUCCCCCCAGUGUGAGCUGCUGUGUUCCCUCCAGUGUGAGCUGCUGUGUUCCCUCUAGUGUGAGCUGCUGUGUUCCCUCCAGUUUGAGCUGCUGUGUUCCCUCCAGUGUGAGCUGCUGUGUUCCCUCCAGUGUGAGCUGCUGUGUUCCCUCCAGUGUGAGCUGCUGUGUUCCCCCCAGUGUGAGCUGCUGUGUUCCCUCCAGUGUGAGCUGCUGUGUUCCCCCCAGUGUGAGCUGCUGUGUUCCCCCCAGUGUGAGCUGCUGUGUUCCCCCCAGUGUGAGCUGCUGUGUUCCCUCCAGUGUGAGCUGCUGUGUUCCCCCCAGUGUGAGCUGCUGUGUUCCCUCCCGUGUGAGCUGCUGUGUCCCCCCCAGUGUGAGCUGCUGUGUUCCCCCCAGUGUGAGCUGCUGUGUUCCCCUCAGUGUGAGCCGCUGUGUCCCUCCCAGUGUGAGCUGCUGUGUUUCCCCCAGUGUGAGCUGCUGUGUUCCCCCCAGUGUGAGCUGCUGUGUUUCCCCCAGUGUGAGCUGCUGUGUUCCCCCCCAGUGUGAGCUGCUGUGUUACCCCGCGGUGUGAGAUACUGUGUUACCCCUAGUUUGAGCUGCUAUUUCCCCCCCAGAGUGAGCUGCUGUGUUCCCCCCAGUGUGAGAUGCUGUGUUUCCCCCCCAGUGUGAGCUGCUAUGUUCCCUCCAGUGUGAGUGUGAGAUGCUGUGUUUCCCCCCCAGUGUGAGCUGCUAUGUUCCAGUGUGAGCUGCUGUGUUCCCUCCAGUUUGAGCUGCUGUGUUCCCCCCAGUGUGAGCUGCUGUGUUCCGUCCCGUGUGAGCUGCUGUGUUCCGUCCCGUGUGAGCUGCUGUGCCCUACUGUGUGAGAUACUGUGUUACCCCCAAUGUGAGCUGCUGUGUCCCCUCCAGUGUGAGCUGCUGUGUUCCCCCCAGUGUGAGCUGCUGUGUUCCCUCCAGUGUGAGCGGCUGUGUUCCCUCCAGUGUGAGCUGCUGUGUUCCCCCCAGUGUGAGCUGCUGUGUUCCCCCCAGUGUGAGCUGCUGUGUUCCCUCCAGUGUGAGCUGCUAUGUUCCCCCUAGUGUGAGCUGCUGUAUUACCUCCAGUGUGAGCUGCUGUGCUCCCCCCAGUGUGAGUUGUCAUGUUCCCUCUCCCAGUGUGAGCUGCUGUAUUCCCUCCAGUGUGAGCUGCUGUGUUCCCUCCAGUGUGAGCUGCUGUGUUCCCCCAGUGUGAGCUGCUGUGUUCCCUCCAGUGUGAGCUGCUGUGUUCACCCCGGUAUGAGCUGCUGUGUUCCCCCAGUGUGAGCUGCUGUGUUCCCCCAGUGUGAGCUGCUGUGUUCCCCCCAGUGUGAGCUGCUUCGUCCUCCCGAAGUGUGAGCUGCUGUGUUCCUCCUGUGUGAGCUGCUGUUCCCUCCAGUGUGAACUGCUGUGUUUUCCCAGUGUGAGUUGCUGUGUUUCCUCCAGUGUGAGCUGCUGUGUUCCCUCCAGUGUGAACUGCUGUGUUUUCCCCCCAGUGUGAGCUGCUGUGUCCCCCCGAGUGUGAGCUGUUUUUUUCCCUCCAGUGUGAGCUGCUGUGUUACCCCAGUGUGAGCUGCUGUGUUCUCCCAGUGUGAGCUGUUGUGUUCCCGCAGUGUGAGCUGCUGUGUUCCCCCCCAGUGUGAGCUGCUGUGUCCCGCCCAGUGUGAGCUGCUGUGUUCCCCCUAGUGUGAGCUGCUGUGCUCCCUCCAGUGUGAGCUGCUGUUUUACCCCCAGUGUGAGCUGCUGUGUUACCCCCAGUGUGAGCUUCUGUGCUCCCCCCAGUGUGAGCUGCUGUGUUCUCCCAGUGUGAGCUGUUGUGUUCCCUGAGUACUCUACAGACAGUAGUUGGUCUGUCUAACUCAUGGGCCGUCAACCUGGUCCCUACCGCCCACUAGUGGGCGUUUCAGGAUUCCAGGUGGGCGGUAGGGAUUUUCUAAUUUUUUUGCGAGAUUGCGGGUGGGUGCGAGCCGGCGGUACCCCUGCGACCAGGUACCGCCAUCACCACUUGCGGCCCCGGCCAGCGCGGCAAACCGCUGGGUCCGCAUAUGGAGGGGUCCAUCGGGUGGCCCAUGCUGUCAGGGCCACCCGAUGGAUGUGGAUUGUAAGGGGGUCCGGUCAGCGCUGGGCGCUUUAACAGCGCGACCGGGCCCCCUGUGAUUACAUCACAGAGCUGGGAGGAAGUGACUACACGUCACUCCUCCCAGCUAACACUGAGAGCGGCGCGGAAGGAAGACGAGGGAGUCAGAGUGGGAACUCUGACUCCCAUCCACCUGAGCCACCACUGUACCCCAGGGAAAGUCACCCUCCUGCACCGAAAAUGUAGGAAACAGGAGGGUGACUAAAAUAUUUUGUGUGUGUUUGUUUGUGUAUGUGUCUUUGUAUGUAUGUCUUGUGUGUGUCUGUCUGUAUUUAUGUGUCUGUAUGUGUGUGUAUGUAUGUGUGUCUUAUGUAUGUGUCUUUGUAUGUAUGUGUGUGUCUUUGUAUGUGUCGUGUGUGUAUGUGUGUGUCUGUCUGUAUAUAUGUGUGUAUAUAUGUGUGUCUUGUCUUUGUAUGUAUGUGUUGUGUGUGUAUGUGUCUUUGUAUGUAUGUGUGUCGUAUGUAUGUGUGCCUUGUGUCUGUCUGUAUGUGUGUAUGUGUCUUUGUAUGUAUGUCUUAUGUGUGUGUCUUUGUAUGUGUGUGUCUGUAUGCAUGUCUGUGUGUGUGUGUGUGUCUGUAUGUAUGUGUGCCUGUCUGUUUGUAUGUAUGUGUCUUGUGUGUGUGUGUGUGUGUGUGUCCGUAUGUGUGCCUGUCUGUCUGUAUGUAUAUGUGUGCCUGUCUGUCUGUAUGUAUGUGUGUCUUGUGUGUGUGUGUGUGUGUGUGUGUCUGUUUGUGUGUAUGUGUGUCUUGUGUGUGUGUCUGUAUGUAUGUGUGCCUGUCUGUUAUAGUGAGAUAUAGUAAGUGGGAUACCUAGCUCAGCCUUCCUACUGGGCAUUGCUAUAAGGAAGGUUAAAAAAAAAAAUUUAAAAAGGGAAAAAAAAGGUGGGGAAGGGAAUUGAGGAGGGAGAGGGGGGGAGCUGACGCACAGAUGAGAAAUCAUGUCAUGCGCAAACAGAGAAGUCGUCUGAAUAUCACCGAAAGAGGAGACCUUCGUUUGUUCCUUACGAAAAUUGAACCAGAUAUCAAAUAUUUAGUCUCGCAGUAUCAACCUCAAGGAUCUCACUAAUCACUAGUAUAGGUAAUUUCAAUUUACUUUAUUGUUUUCUCAUUAAACUUUAUAAAGUUAAAAACAUUAUAAACAUGCAUUAAGUAAAAAAUAAAAAGAUAAAUGUACGUACAUUUAUUUAUUUUUAAAACACCCUCCUUUCUAAAAAAUAUUCCGCACUUGCGCAAAAACUGGUGGGCGGUAAGGAAAUUUUUUUCAACCAAAAAGAUGCACUAGUGGGCGGUAGGUAAAAAAAGGUUGACUACCACUGGUCUAACUGUUUGGAUCAAUGAUUAGGUGAUCACAGAUAUUUUUGGGUGAAGGUGUUGCAUCAUUAUUAUGAAUUCUGCCCAUGGCUCCAAAAAGAAAAAAAGAUAAAUAAUAGGGAAAAGAAUUAUUGUUCAGUAGCCAAGUAGGAAAAUGCUCCUACAAGUGCAUAGUGAAUGGUCCACUUUCACACCUUUUGGGUUUUUUUUCACCUGAUUCGGUUCCUGAACUGACAUUGGAGCAUCCUGCUAAAUUUUCUGUCUCCUGAAAAAGUGAUCUGAUAGAAUGAACAUUUCUCACUGUGCACAAAUCUAUUUAUUACACUAUCACUGAAACAUUAACCCCAACAUUAACACAAUCAUUAAACACGGACUCCUACACUGCACUAACAAGUAACUCUAACCUAAAACUAUUGUGUAAAAUAAAAGAUAAAUUAUAGCAAAACACGUGUUAUGUGAAAUUAUUGGUGUCUCGGGAUUCUGGAGAUAUUUAAAAAAUACUGUCUUGCCAGCUCUCCCUGCAGGACUCUGCCUGACUUUCCCUCAUUCGUCGUGUUUUGGUUUUUAUAAGGGCUAACAAAAUGUAAAAAAAAAAUAUGUUUCUGCCAUGUCAUAUUUCAUAGUAGGAUAGUGAACCCCUUCAGAAUGAUUAGAUAAAUCCCUGACAUGUCGCUGGUAAUGAACAGGUUAAGGGUUCUUUAGCGAUGAAGAAUGGCCUACCAUUCCUCCUAAUCGGCCGUUCUAAAAUCCAAUAUUUUGUUUUCCCCGAUUCUCUCACUUUCACCUCGACUCAGCCAGCAGGAGCAAUGAAGCAUCUUGGCAAAGCAAUGAGGGCCGGGUAUCCCUCAAUCUGCUUCAUUCACGGUCCCCGCACAUUGCUAGGUCAAUGGGAAAAAGCAAUUACCCUUAAUAUUGUUUGGACACCUACCUGCAGUUCAGUUGAAGAAGAUCACGGUCUGCCUGGAGACAGCUUAGCCUUUAUUCAUAUGAAAGAAGCGACAUUAAUUUGACAGUUCUUAAUGAAAGGUGAAUUAAUUAGUGGCAUUAUCCGCAAUGUACUGUGAGUGAAGGCAUAUAUUUUGUAACAAUUCAAAGUAUGACAUCUUUAAAUACCUUGUUAAAAGUGUUUACCAUAUCUGACAGACAUUCACAUUAACUGCUUUGUGGUAAUCUAUCAGGGUUAUUCACUAAAGUUAAAAUUAUAAGUAAAUUUCAAAUCAAAGGCCAGAGUAGCAGAAUUGACAGUCCAGCCGACUCUUUUUUUACAAUUUGGCUAUUUUAAUAUAUCUGUUGCUGACUAAUUGUCCUCCCACCAGUGUGAGCUGUGUGUUUCCCCAGUAUACGCUGAUGUGUUUCCACCAGUGUGAGCUGCUGUGUUCCCCCCAGUGUGAGCUGCUGUGUUCAUUCCCGUGUGAGCUGCUGUAUUCCCUCCGAGUGUGAGCUGCUGUGUUCUCCCCAGUGUGAGCUGCUGUGUUCCCCCCAGUGUGAGCUGCUGUGUUCCCCUCAGUGUGAGCUGCUGUGUUCUCCCCAGUGUGAGCUGCUGUGUUAUCCCCAGUGUGAGCUGCCAUGCCCCCAGCUGCUGUGUCCCCCAGUGUGAGCUGCUGUGCUCCCUCCCCCUAACGUGAGCUGCUGUUCCCCCAGUGUGAGCUGCUGUGUCCCCCAAAGUGUGAGCUGGCUGCCUCCCCCCAACGUGAGCUGCUGUCUCCAGCGUGAGCUGCUGUGUCCCCUCCAGUGUGAUGCUGUGCCCUCCCCAAACGCGCAUUGCCACCUCCCCAGUGUGUGAGCUGGCCGCGUGUUCCCAGUGUGAGCUGCUGCUGUGUUCUGCGGCCAAGCUGUGUUCCCCAGUGUGAGCCGCUGUGGUACCUCCGCAGUGUGAGUAGCUGGUCCCCCCAGUGUGAGCUGAUGUGUUAAAGUAUAGCUUGCAAAUACCCCCAAUGGCGACAGUAGGAUUCUCCAGCUCUUGGCACUUCAUCUGCAAGGAGCCCGCCUCAGUGCAGCAUUCUCAUGUGAUGUCUAUGAAGGAUCCCACGAGAUCAUGGAAACUUUCAUGAACAAUUUCUCUUUCUUCACAGCCACCACUAGUGACAGCUGAUGGCUUGACAAAGCUUGACAAUGUUUGAAAAAUGACAUAAGACAAAGUAGUCAGUGAAAUUCCAAAAUAGAGAUUUUGUUUUGGGGCCGUUGGGGGUGACAGAGCCGCUUUAAGAGCAAUAGUUGAGAAGAAACAAGGGGCAACCUUGAGGAUGGGUCUUUGAGGUUUUGUAGGCUUAAACCCCAGGUAAUAUUUUAAAGUUGCAAGAAUCCUAUGUAAAUAUUAUAUAUGUUAACAUGGAACUGACUCGUGUCGUUUCUCUCAAUGCAGAUUGGAUCUUCAGUUCAAGUCAAGAUGUCAACAGCAACAAGAGUGACAUCAACUGCAUCAGUCACAAUGUGAAUGAAAUGACACCAAAUCCGGAUCUCUCACCGUCCUCAGUACAAGAGCAGGCACCCAGAAACACCAGAGAUUUCUAUAUCUGUAUGGAAGAAAUUUCUUACCUACCUCAGCAAACAUGAGCUACCCACCAUACAAAAAAAUAAGGAAACAGUUGACUUUUUUUCAGUCUAGAUAAGGGCAACAUUGAAUAGACAAUUGAGGAUAUCACGUUGGAACUUGGAAUAUUUCUGAACAUUUGGAAUCUUUAAUAUAUUUCUACGCUUUAAACAGCACUUAAAGGAAAACUGAGUUUUUUGACGUCAUCAGUGACUUUUUAUUUAUGCUCUUUCUGAGUCAUUCUGAACAAUUCUUCAGAGCAAAAACAUUGAAGAGUUAUAUUAUAAUGCAAUUAGAGAAGCAUUUCCUGACAUUGUUUGAGAGAAGCAUUUCUUUAUACAGUUUAUGAAUUCAGUUAAAGGGACAGUCUGAUAAUCAAAAUCAACUUAACAAAGUGAUUUUGGGGCACAGAUGCUGCCUCUACAGUCUUGCCCAUGAAAACAGUGUAUUUUCUGAAAAAUGGCACUCUACAUUUUGCAGAUUGAAGUCCUAUUAGCAUCUCCAGACUUAAAUACAGUAGAUUCACCAAUCAACUAACCAGUUUACUAACCCGACAUCUGACAACAGAAUGCAAAGUGUUUUGAUAGUGGACACUAGCCUUUAAUGCUUCUCAUAUCGAAGCACUGGAUUGGUGCACAAGUUCUGUGUGUCCUCAGUACUUCUAUGAGAAGCCUCUGAUUGGACAAAUGUCAUCAGGAUUGAUGACUUCACAAUGGGCUGGAUCAGGCUACAUUAAGGUAACUAUUCCAGCAUUGGAUUAGAUGUAAGUUUUGCAGCAAGGGUGGGGUUUAAACGAG